AUGUUUGAUAGUCGAGCACUGACCAUGCCGGUGCCGGGACUUCCGCCUUGGCCCGCAUGCCGUCACCGGCACCAUACCACACUUGCGCAUUUACAAUUCUCACGACGCCAUCCCACAACUAACCCCAGGGACCAUCCCGGUUUCGCAGACGCUUGCUAUCCUGAUCCCGUUGCAGACUUGUAUCAGUUCAUGGAGACACCGUUGAAAAAGGGGAAGAAGGCGUGCACCGAGUGCCGCCAGCAAAAGUUGAAGGCAAAAUGUGACGUGUACGUGCACCCGGACCAGCCCUGUACUCGUUGCCGCAAGGUCCAGGCGAACUGUGUCAUUUCGGACCCGUUCAAGAGAGAGCACAAGCGCAAGCGGAUCUCUGAGCUGGAACGGGAGUCGGAAGACCUGCGACGCAAGCUCCGGGCCUCGCAGCCGGCAGACCCUGAUCCCCACCCCUCGCCGAUAGCCCCGUUGACAGCCGCAGCGGAGCUGGGCGUGCAUUCCGGACCGCGAAGUGAUUCAAUCUCGGCGUCCUCGCAUGCUCCACUGGAUUCAUACUCGCCACGGCUGUUGGCCCCAAAUGGUCUGACCCACACGACCCCGGCACCGGCAUUGGAAGGAGAUGGCACGACAAAGCCCCGGAAUUUGAAUGGGGUACAGGUGCAAGCAGAGGAGAUCGAUGAUCUGUUUCAAUUAUUCUUCCGGCAUUAUGCCCAUUUCCUUCCCAUCCUGGACCCUCAGACUCGGCCCAAUACCUACUAUGCACAAUCCCCAUUCCUAUUCUGGACGGUGAUUGGGGUAGCAUGUCGAUCUUACUCUCGAAAUCCGACGCUGUUGACGGCUUUAGCCCGAAGUGUGCUAGAGAUGGCCUUUCUCUCCGCGUUGUCCGCAUCGCCGCCCUGGCACACCAUCCAAGCACUUUUGCUGCUCUUGACAUGGCCAUUUCCCAAAGGAGACCACCCGGAUGUGACAUUUCCAUUGAGUGGAAUACUGCUUCAUAUUUCCAUGCAAAACGGGCUACAUAUCCCGAUGUCGAGUCAUGAGUUCUCGCGCGUCAAAAUCCCUGCACCCUCCGAGGCCGAUCUGCUACGACGCUCCGAGCUGUGGGCACAUACUGUCAUUAUGUAUCAGCGAGUCUGCGUCCACAAGGGCCAACUGCCGCGGGCAAUCAUGAACCACGGCCAAGAUCCCACACAUCCGCAAGUGAUCUUUGACAAAAUCGCACCAUGGAUGGCUCUCAAGCUCCGGUGCCAGGAGGUCAUUGCGAAAUGCAGCGAGGCGGUCACUGAAAAUGGCAUGCGCUCCAUGUCUCUGGACCAGGAGAGGGCAUUGGACAUUCUUCUUCGUACCUACGAAGGCCAGGUAGACGAUCUGGAACUCCGGGCCGUGACCGAUGAUGAGAGGUUUGAUACGGGUCUCUGUCGGAUGGCUAUCCAGAGUUUUCAUUUCUUCAAGAACCAAACCCUCGUGUCUAGUGGCUGCUAUCCGCGGAUUCUCGUCACGGCGUGCAGCUUGAUCGACUACGUGCAAUCGCUCUCUGAACGAUUUGGAUUCCUAUUCAUGGUUCCUAUACAUAUCAGUUUCGGACUUCUCUUGGCCUCCACAUCUUUACUACGCAUCCUGAAGGGCAGCACGGCCUCUCAAGGCCUGGAAACAACGCGUGCGCGGGCCUCUCUCUUCACGGCCAUCAACCUGGCCAAGCAGAUAUCCACUGAUGGCGCGGACAUAGCUGCGAAGACGGUCAUGAUUUUGAGCUCGGUCUGGAAUAGCAACAGAGCAUUCCGUCGAGCCGACGGAUCUGAUUACACUGCCCUGCGCAUCCGUGGUCGCCUAGUGCUGAGUCCCAUCCUCGAUGCAGUCUGGUGGUGGCGGGAUGAGUUCGAUCCCCAAUCACGGGCCGUGAGAUCAGUCGUGGAGCCUUCUGAUGGUAGUGUCUACUCUCGUUCACGUUCCCGCCCUGCCGCUGAUGGAGGCACAGGUGGUGGAUUAGAAGCCAGCCAAAAUAUUGCUGGCGGGGCAGUGGCGCCGUCCGGGGCGAUUACCGACCAAAGCGCAUUCCAUCUCGAUGAGCAAUUCCUCGCCGAUUUCGAAUGGGCGCUAGGUGAUGACGCGCUCUUCUCCCUGGAGCCAAUGCCCUCGACCUGGCCAUCGUCGUACAAUCUGCUUUAG